AUGACUAAGCGGAAUAAGAAGCCGAAAGACGAUGGUGACGACGGGGAUGAUCAAAGAGGAGGCAACGCUAGCAAUGGAUUAAGGGAAGAUAUAGCAAGUCGGUUUGCGAAUGACAAUGGCAAGGCACUUUCAAUCCAAGAUCGAUACGGAGCUACGCAUGUCAAGGACAUAGAUCGAAAAGACCUUAAGGACCCUAUCGAUAAGAGUAACUUAGCGUUAUUGUCGAGAUCUUUGAAGGAAUUUGGUCAGAUCAUGCUUACUGCAAACUUACGUCAGAACCGAUGGUUCGAAGCUGCGCAACAGAGUUUUAAGCCAUCAUCUUAUAAGUAUAGUAAUUUGGAGAAGGCCAAAGCUGCUGUAACAAAGCUGAAGACGUGA